AUGGAGCGGGAUGGCCAUAACAUUAUUCAGCAGUGAUAAGAAUGGGUCUCAUAUAUUCUGCUCGGCCAGGGCGCUUUGUGACAACGACUCCAUCCUCACGUCGACACUGUCCGCUCUAAGCUACCAAUCAUCGACUCUGCAUCAUCCCUCCGUCGAGCACGUCUCCGAACGUUGCCAUGACUGUGAUGCUCUACGGCUCUGACCUGUCUUCCACGACUUUGUCGGUUGCGCUCGUGCUUUGGGAGAGUAAUGUUCCUUUCGAAUACGUCUACAUCGACAUGACCAAGUACGAGCACAAAAUGCCCGAGUACAAGGAGAAGCAACCGUUCGGCUGCGUCCCGACGACGACGGCUUCUUUAUUCGAGAGCCGCGCCAUCUGUCGCUAUCUUUGCCGCAAAUACGCUGGCCGGGGCGGGCGGGCGCUCUUUCCUUUUGACGACCUUCGCGCCUUUGCGCGUGCCGAGCAGGGCUGUUCGAUCGAGACGACCACCUUUGACAGAGCCUGCCUGGCGAUCUUUACAGAGAGGGUACAUAAGCAGUGGCAGGGCCUCCCGGGCGACGGAGAGCUCUACAAACAGGCGGAGACGCUGCUCGCUCAAAAGCUUGACGUAUAUGAGAAGAUACUCGGCAACCAGAGGUUCAUGGGAGACGACACCUUCACGCUUGCGGAUCUCUUCCAUGUCCCCUACGCCUCGCGUCUGAAGCGUAUGAGUGGCUGCGAUUUUCUGGAGUCGGGGCGAUGGCCGAAUGUGACGAGAUGGUACAACGAAAUUACUUCUCGACCUUCCUUCCAGGCGAACGAGGACGGAGUCAAAGCCUACUCGCAGUUAUUGAUGAGUUGUUACUUCUCGGUAUUUGGGAUGGUCAGGGUGGAUACUGUAGCUUUGAUUGGGGGGUACUGUAGACUUUCGACCAUAGAUUCACUGCAUGUUACGCGUUACGCAGUGAAGCUCCUUUGGUGAUCAUUCACGGCCCGGAGAGAGCCGUUAUGAAUGAUGAUUAACAGCCUUUCUGGGGCUUGUGCACCCUUGGAC